GCCCCGGGGAGCAGGAUGGUGCAUGGGGACACCUCCUCCCUCCUGCACCGUCCUCUGCCAGCGGCUGCAGCUGAGAAGGUGUCCUCCCUGGGCAAGGACUGGCACAAGUUCUGCCUGAAGUGUGAGCGCUGCAACAAGACCCUGACCCCGGGUGGGCACGCUGAGCACGAUGGGAAGCCCUUCUGCCACAAGCCCUGCUACGCCACGCUGUUCGGCCCCAAAGGGGUGAACAUCGGUGGUGCCGGGUCCUACAUCUAUGACAAGCCGCAGAUCGAGGGGCAGACCGCUCCGGGACCCAUCGAGCACCCGGUGAAGGUGGAGGAGAGGAAGGCGAAUGCUGCACCUCCCAAGGGACCCAGCAAAGCCUCCAGUGUCACCACCUUCACCGGGGAGCCCAACAUGUGCCCGCGCUGUGGCAAGAGAGUCUACUUUGCUGAGAAGGUGACUUCGCUGGGGAAGGACUGGCACCGUCCCUGCCUACGCUGCGAGCGCUGCAACAAGACGCUGACCCCGGGGGGCCACGCCGAGCACGACGGACAGCCGUACUGCCACAAGCCCUGCUAUGGGAUCCUCUUUGGGCCCAAGGGCGUCAACACCGGAGCUGUGGGAAGCUACAUCUACGACAAAGACCCCGAGGUGAAGAACCAGCCCUAGACGGUGUCCCCCUGCCUGGCCGCCUGCUCUGUGCCCCCGUACUAACCUCCUGCUCACAGCCAGAGCAGGCCCUUGCCAGGCUGGCCACGGACCUGUGCUCUCUCUGCUGUCUCUACUCUGGGCAGGACAGCCCUGCCCCCCGGGUUAUAUAUCAUAGUCUCUAAUAUAAGCUUCAGUGUUUAAAAGCAAAGGUAGAAGGUGUCUCUGGUGGUUCCCAAUGUGCUCUGCCCUCCCCAGCCCGCCCACCAGCCCCCCGAGUGUGAGAGGGAGCAGAGCGGGUGCGGGGAUGUCACCAUGUGCAGGGGACGAUGGGUUGCACCCAUGGGGCUGAAAGUGGGGUGAAGGUUUUGGCAGGAGUCCCACCAUGGGAGUGGGAGGGUGCUGCCCCCUGCACUUGGGGUUGGGGAUGGGGGCUGGUGGUCAGAGCACCCACCCCUGUUCUUUGCCAUUGCAGCUGUGGCAUGUGUCACCUGAGGGCUCUGGCCCAUCUGGCAGCACUGCCCUUCUCCUGGCCCCUCCUGGGCUCCAUGCCCUGGCUCUCGCUGUCCCCAGAGCCCGCUGCAGACCCCAGACGCCAUUGGGGUUACAGGGUCUGGCACCUCCCUGCAUCCCCAUCCUUGCACCCCCAGGGCAUCUCUGUACAUGUACCCGGGCAGGAGCCCAAACCUCUCUGCUGGCUGGUUUGGGUUGGUGCCCCUCAUCCAGCCUGUUCCCCCAUGGCAGCAGAGCCUGUGCCGGGUGGCACCUGGUGGCCACAGCCCCGGGGGAGUGGGCUGCUCCCCCCCUCUGGAGGGCAGAGCGCAUUGGGCUGGCGGCUGGGUGGCGGGACGCCCGCCUGCUUCCCAGAGCUGGAGGUUUCUCGUUGUUGUUGUUUAUUUAUAAGCAGUUGUAAAUGUGCCCCUUGCUUUGGAGAAUGACACGUGCCCCGACCCCCCACCCCGAGUCUCACCCGUCCCCCCUGUGCACGCCCGGCCCCGCUGCUGCCCAGGCGGUCGUGGAGGGGCCUGGUGGAAGGGACACCCGGGGCGGCGAGCCCUGGGGUGCCAGCACCCCGCUCUCUCCAGGCUCCCUGUGCCGCCACGGGGCUGACUUUUGUUAUUUGCUGACAAUAAAGGUUUUGAGAGAUG